UGAGAAUAUAUUUAAAAUCUUUUUUUAAUUAAAAGUUAGAAUAUUUUGAUCCUUUCACUUAUCAAAAGUUAAUGCCUUUAAUCUCCAUUAAAUGUUUAUCAAAUAACUCAGUAGUUUCUGCCAUUUUUUGUUUUUUUUUUCUUAAGUAAUAAGUAUUGCAUAAUUUGGUGUGUUUGCUUAUUUUUUUCUAUAUCUAUUUAAUGUCGUAAAUUUAAAUCGCAAAACUUAAUGGCACCUAACAAAUGACCCCAAAUUGUUCAAUGUGUACACAGUACAAAUAAUUGACCCAACCUUCAACAUAAAGGACCAUUUUUUUUUUAAUUUUCUCCAUCUUUUCUUCGAAAUUUAUUUUUUUUUCUUUUUCUUUUUUCCCAACUAUAUAACCAUGUUAAAGUCUUAAUUUUUUUCACUACAAAACUUUGUUAUUAACAUAAAAAAAAAAAAAAACAAAGAGACUUCAUAGGUCAAUGGCAGGGGAAAAUUGUCAUGAUGUGAUCAAUCUACUUGGUUCUUCAGAUCGUGACUUUCUUAUUCGCAACAAUGGUGACAAGGUUAAGCUUGAUACUUUAAAGGAGAAAAAAAUUGGUUUGUACUUUUCAGCAUCAUGGUGUGGUCCGUGCAAACAUUUCACCCCAAAUUUGGUAGAGGCGUACAAUGCUCUCCUACCAAAAGGAGACUUUGAAGUUGUUUUCCUUACUACUGAUAUGGAUGAUGAAUCUUUUAAGGAGUACUUUUCUAAAAUGCCUUGGCUCGCUGUCCCAUUCUCUGAUUCUGAAACACGUAAACGUUUGAAUGAAUUGUUUGCUGUUAGGGGAAUACCCCACUUAGUGAUCCUUGAUGCUAGUGGGAAGGUAGUGACAAAUAGCGGGGUUGAAAUCAUUGUUGAGCAUGGGGUGGAGGGCUACCCUUUCACUCAAGAACGGCUAAACGAACUUAAAGAGCAAGAAGAAACCGCUAAAAGAGAACAGUCUUUGAAAUCUAUCUUGGAGUCACAGUCAAGAAACUACGUAAUUGCAGCUGAUGGAAGGAAGGUACCUGUUGCUGAGCUUGAAGGCAAGAUUAUAGGCCUAUAUUUGUCAAUUGCUUCUUUUGAAGAAUGUGAAUCCUUUACUGGGAAGCUGAUCGAGAUGUAUGACAAGUUGAAGUCUCAGGGAGAAAACUUUGAGAUUGUCAUGAUUCCUCUUGACGAUGAAGAUGAUGAUGAAUCUUUUAAGAAAGAGUUUUCGAGAAUGCCUUGGUUUUCACUUCCCUUAAAAGACAAGACCUGCGAGAAGCUGGCCAGGUACUUUGAGCUCUCUACCCUUCCUACCCUAGUCAUCAUUGGAACAGAUGGGAAGACUCUUCAUUCUAAUGUUGCUGAAGCCGUCGAGGAGCAUGGUAUCCUGGCAUAUCCUUUUACCCCCGAGAAGUUUGCUGAACUUGAGCAGAUACAGAAAGCUAAACUGGAAGCACAAACGUUGGAGUCGAUUUUGGUUACUAGAGAUCGUGAUUUCGUCAUUGGAAAAGAUGGUGAAAAGAUCCUCGUGUCUGACCUCGUAGGGAAGACUAUUCUCCUUUACUUCUCAGCACAUUGGUGUCCUCCAUGCCGUGCUUUUACACCACAGCUUAAAGAGGCAUAUGAGAGGAUAAAAUCCAAAAAUGGCCCAUUGGAAGUGAUAUUCUUAUCUAGCGACCAAGAUCAAGCCUCAUUUGAUGACUAUUUUGCUACAAUGCCAUGGCUGGCUCUUCCGUUUGGUGAUGAGAGGAAGACAUAUUUGAGUCGCCUAUUCAAAGUUCGUGGCAUACCAACAUUGGUUGCUGUAGGGCCAUCAGGCAAGACUGUUACAACUGACGCCAGAAGUUUGAUCAUGUGUCAUGGUGCUAAGGCUUUUCCAUUCACCGAGGAGCGUAUGGAGGAGAUUGAAGCAGAAACUGCAGAAAUGGCAAAGGGGUGGCCUGAGAAAAUUAUGCACAAACUUCACGAGCAUGAACUUCUGCUUUCUAAGCGUUCUGCUUACAAUUGUGAUGUAUGCGAGGAGCUGGGACAGAUAUGGUCAUUCUAUUGUGAAGAAUGUGACUUUGAUAUGCACCCAAAAUGUGCUCUAGAAGAGGAAAAGGAAAGCAACAUGGAUAUCGAGGAAGAUCAAAAGGAUCAAGGCAAAGAGGAACAGAAAACAAAUGAGGGAUGGAUUUGUGAUGGUGAAGUUUGUUUCAAAGGUUAAUUUGUUAUUAUGUCUUGUUGACUAUGAGGCAUUUGCUGAGCAGCAUAUUUGUGGGUUUUGAAAUUGUUCUUUGUGAGACACUCCUAUCCUAAAAUCUUGUCACUUUUAUGCAAUACAAGUUUUAUUAAACGUUGGACCUGUAUUUGAUCCUGAUUGUACUGUCUAUCUCCAUGUUUAUCUUCUCUAUGAGUCAAGCUAUUUGUGAAA